AUGUCCUCUUGCAACAACUCCAUUCCUCAACCCUUGACAUUUGUCCUGGCUGGAAUUCCUGGCUUGGAAUCUUCCCAUGGCUGGUUCUCUGUGCCUUUUUUCUUGGUAUUUGUCAUUACAAUGAUUGGGAAUGCCGCCAUCUUAUGCAUCAUCUGGGUGGAGAAGAGUCUUCAUGAGCCCGUGUUUCUCCUCCUGGCCAUGCUGUCUGUUGUUGACCUGUCCCUGGUCAGUGUCACUGUGCCCCGCAUGCUAGGGAUCUUCUGGAUGAAUGCCAAAGACAUCAGCUUUAAUGCCUGCCUCGCACAGAUGUUUUUCAUCCCUUCAUUUUAUGUCAUGGAGUCUGGGAUCCUCCUAGCCAUGGCUUUUGACAGAUUUGUGGCUAUCUGGUACCCUCUGAGAUAUACAACCAUCCUUGCUAACAACAUACUUGUGAAGAUGGCUCUGGCUGUCCUGACAAGGGCAGUGGCAGUGCUGACUCCAGCACCCAUCCUGGCAAAAAGACUGGAAAGCUUCCAAACCCACAUCAUCUCUUACUCCUACUGUGCCUACAUGGCUGUGGUACAGAUAGCCUGUGGGGACAUCUCCAACCACAUUGUCUAUGGCCUCAUGGUUAUUGUAACAUCUGUGGGAUUUGAUUUGCUUUUUAUCAUUCUGUCCUAUGGGCUGAUCCUUCAUGCUGUCUUUCGGAUCCCCUCUAGGGAGGCAGGGGGCAAAGCUCUCAGUACAUGUGGCUCCCAUCUUUGUGUCAUAGCUCUCUUUUAUUCUCCUGUUGUCUUCUCUGUCCUGGCCCAGAUUUUAGGCUACCAUAUGGCUCCCUAUAUCCAGAUUAUCAUUGACAACCUCUACUUCCUAGUGCCUCCCAUGGCCAACCCCUUGAUUUAUGGAGCCCGGACUAAGCAAAUGCGUGAGCGGGUACUACGGAUCCUCCGCUGUCAUAGAAACUGA